CACAGUCGAAAGUUCCCUCCUUUGUUGUACUUCCGGGUCGAACACACGCCUCUUCCGGUAUGGGAAACAACUAAGAAACACGACGUAAACAAAUAAGAACGUGUUUAUCUGGCGGUUGAUCCCGAACCUAACAGUUCCAAGCGGAGCUGGGAUGUGCCGGUAGUCCGGACUGGUUCGGUUUCGGUGGAGGACUGACAGCUAGCAUGGUGAAGUGUGUUGUCUCUGGGUGUCCGAACCGCGUGGUGAGCGUUAGCGUUAACCGGGGACUCUUCAAGCGACCGCCGAAGAGGUUCUUCAACUUCCCCACAGACCCCGCACGAGUCAAGGUAUGGCUGGCGGCGCUGAGGGAGACGGACAAGCAGAACUUGACAGAGCAGCAUUUAAUCUGUGAAGACCACUUCCUGCCGGAGGACAUCUCCCCCGAUGGGGUCAACGGUGACGCCAUUCCCAUCAUGCCUCCCUGCCCAGAUGGGCCGAUGGGUAUGAUUAGCUCCUGGGGAGCUGAGUCGUCUGAGGAAGAGGACCAGUGGGCCACCGGCGGCGCUUGUGGCGGCGACGAUGACGAUGGUAGUGACUUUGGUGAAGGUGGAGAUGAUAGUUCUGCUGAUGCGGAACCUCCUGCAGUGGAUCCACCACAGCAGCAGCCCGAUGUGACGAAGACCUCAGGGACCAAGACGACUGGUGUCACCCCACAUCAGAGCGUGGAGCUGGUCCACAGUGUCGUCCACAAACAGGAUGUGACUCCAGAUGUGUCGGUGGGGGCGCUGGCGCAGCGUUUCCUGGAGCUGAUGCUGGCGUCGCCGGACAGCUUGCUGGACAUCAGGCUGGUGACCGCAGGCAUGCAGACGGCCAGGCGGCGAAUCUAUGACAUCACCAACGUCCUGGAGGGCAUCAGCCUCAUCAAGAAGCAGUCGAUGCACAUGUUCAAGUGGAUCGGAAGGUGUCAUAUCUCCAGCUUUCUGCAGAGGGACCAGCAGAAGUUCCAGGGGGAGUUGGACAACCUGAAGCUGGUGGAGGACACGCUGGACAGCCUGAUCAAGUGCUGCGCUCAGCAGCUCUUCGACAUGACUGACAACAUGGAAAACGCCGCGUCGGCCUACGUGACCCACGAGGACAUCAUGGGGCUCCAGGUCUUCCAGGAUCAGACGGUGAUCGUCGUCAAAGCUCCGGAGGAAACCAGACUGGAGGUUCCUCCACCCAAAGAGGACAGCAUCCAGGUCCAUCUGAAGGCGGGGAAUGGUCCCAUCGUGGCGCUGACCUCUGAUAUUGGUUCUGCAGACAAGAGCGGCUGCUUCUUAACGCUGGAGGACAGUGGGAUAACGACGACCACCCUGCACACGGAUGACGACAAGACAAAAUGACUCACGUUCACACUGGAAGGCAAUCAGAAUCAGCCUCAUACGUCUUUAUUCGCCCAAACAAUUGUGAAUCAUGCGAUCGUAAUGACAUCUGCAGGUCAGUGGAGGCUACACCAAGUCAGCAUGUCAGCUCAGCACGACAGUGAUGUGUUUUUCCACCCACUUGGCAUUUACCUGAUGACACGUUUAUCCUGAGGGGGACGUGACUCCGCCCCAAAGUCGUUGGCUGACGCAUGACACAACACAUCCGUCAGCUGAGAAGGGUUUAACACUGUGGGCUGCUUUAUUCACUGUGGUGAUGCUGUUGUUAUUGCAGAGCAUGUAGCCACCAGUGACCACCAGGAGGCGCCAGCUGUCCUCAUCGCUCAGACAGCAGCCUGGAAGAACUACAGGAACACAAACAGAUGAGACUCACACAUGGGACAAUUUUUAAGUCCUGCUCAGCUGAUGAAUGUUUAACUCAGCGCAAACAAACCAGAAUCAUUAAGACUGAUCAGGGACAAACACAGGUCUUUGGAAGACACCUUUUAACCUUUGCAAAGUGUUUUUUUUUUAAUUGAACUCCUGGUGAUGUUGGGCCCAGUCGGUCCGCUGUUCUGUCUGGAGAUGUAGACGAUGGCGGCAGUUUGACCGGGAAGUCAAGACGCUUGCGGAUGCAGUGCCCAGCUGCGGUGUCCUGCAGGGAGCUGCAGGGUUCGCUGAGGGACAGCAGCAUCACGUCCUGACAUGCAGAAUGUUUUGUCUUUGGUUUUGACUUCAGUUGGUGUUCAGGAUGUAAAAAUGUUUUCGUCUUGGUUUGAACUUUCUAAAGGGGAAAACACCUCAAUGAUGCUGUAAUCAAUAAAACAUUAAACUGCUGUGAAACUUGUUGUGUUUCCUGUCUGGAGCCUGAAGGUUGCCUGUUUGAAUCCCUGAAGCAGCAGGGCUAAUGGAACAUGCUGCUGAGGUGCCCUCGAGCAGGACGCUCGCAGGGCUGCUGCUGGACUUGUUUCCUGACCUCAGACUGGCUCGACGGACUCACAAAGUGUGACUCAGAGAGGGGAGGAGUGUACAUGAAUGUUUUGGAUACUUGAAGUUUAUAAGCUUUACAUUAGAUGGUUUUUCUGUGUGUGUUUUCAUUGUGCUUCCUCUUUAAAACGUAUGAAUACCUGAGUGACAGAUUUCAAAAAGCUUCUCGUCAGUCUGUAUGUGGCAAUAAAGAGAAAAUACUUUCCCCGCA